UGUUUUAGUUACAUAUCUGUCGAGGAACUAAAAAGAAAGCAAAGAAGAGAUCGAGCAGCAAAGAAAAAUGCUCGACCUCUUCGGAACCUACAGGAAUCUCAUCCUCCAAACCCUACUAUCUCUCUCCUUAACCCUAAUCCUCUCCUUCCUCAAGAUCCCAGUCAUCUUCCUCCACGGCCUCUGCACCUACAUCCAACCCGAGAAUCUCGGCCAAAACGGAGUCAGAGCCGCGAUCCGACGACCCUCGAACAGCGAAGAUCCAAAACCCAACAAUGAACUUCGCAGAAGAAACAGAUCGAAAGACAAAUCCGAAUUCGACGAAAGCAACGCCCAGAUCUUCCGAAUCAAGCUCGACGAAGACCACCUCAGAUCCCGCAUGUACUUCACCGAGUACAAUUCCCUCUUCCUCGUAUCCUUCCUAUCUCUCUCCUCCUUCCUUGCCCAAAAGUACUUCUCCGUUGACGACGACAAGGGCCUUUUGUUCCCGCUCGUUCUCGGAUUCAUCGCGCUGUGCAAAGUCUUCGUUGCGUUGGCUAAGAUCUCGAUCGAGAGGUCCGCGUCGAAGAGAUCCGAGAAGAAACUUAGCUUGAUUUUCGCGGGUUUAGGGUUUGUUUUCGGGAUUAUAAUCGCUGCUGGUGUGUUCCCUAGAGGGUUUGACUUUCUAUUAGGCUCCGUUGAUGCGUUUUGCUGUAUACUCAUCUCCUUCUCCAUGGCUUGCAUCGCUGGCUUCCUCUACAUGCCUGCCGGGAGAAGCGCGAGGUCCUUUUGGGUUGGGACUGAUCAGAUUAGGAGUAAUCUGUCCAUCAUAUCUUGUGGAUGGUUCGGUAGAAUGAUUCUUUAUGUCAACUACAUUGUAUCGCUCUUCACUUCGUUGCUUUGGAUCCAUCCUUUAGCUGAGAUUCUAGUCAAGAGAAGCGGUAAUGCUAGUGGGUUGGUUGGUAAUGUUGGUUUCUCGACUAGUGAUUUUGGCAAGUUUCGUGUUCUGUGUUUGUUGCUGUCGGGUUUAUUACAAGCUAUGGCGGUUCGGCCUAACCUUCAGAUGUUUUUGAACGAAGCCGUGUUGUCGUGGUAUCAGAGAUUACAUGGGAGUAAGACUCCUGAUUUGGAGUUUAGCAGGGCGAAGAUGUUUCUUCAUAACCACUACCUGUGUCUCGUUGCUUUGCAGUUUUUGGCUCCCUCGGUUCUUGUGAUCAUCUUCCUCGGUUUGUCCCAGAUUGAUCUAGGGUCAUUUGCUGUUUCUCGACUCGUAUGUGGUUCUUUGCCUUGCAGCGACUUCGUGGGACAAGUGGGGUUGUUGAUGUCUUGGUGGGUUCUUUUUGUUUGGUCCGCUUUUGCUUCUGCAAGUCUUGUUUUCUAUCGACGUGGUGUCUUAUAUGUUUCUUGAGAUGGGAGUCUGAUUCUUUUUUAUGUAUCAGAGGAAAGUGCCAUAAACAAAACAAAGAAACAGUUUUGCAAGACUUUGGCUCAUUUGUUUGUUUGUUUGUUUGUUUGUUUGUUCUACUUACUACUUGUCCCAAA